CUCCUCUCUCAGUCUCCGAUCAAAAAUCAAUGACGGAAUCUUCAGAUCCUCCUCCGCUUGUUCUCAUUCACCGACCACCGUCUCUAACUUUCAUGGACGAGACUAUAAGUCGUGAAUUCCGGACUCUCAUCACCGACACUUCAUCGGAAUCACUCCCGAGUUUUCUCUCCCGUCACGCCUCCUCAGCCAGAGCCUUCGUUGUCGUCGGUAGACUUCCGGUAACCGAAGAACUCCUUUCUCAUCUCCCUUCUCUUCAGCUACUCGUCUGCACUAGCGUCGGCAUCGAUCACAUCGAUCUCGCCGCAUGCAAGCGUCGCUGUCUCGUUAUCACGAACGCUGGCAACGCGUUUUCCGAUGACGUUGCGGAUUGUGCCGUCGGUUUGCUUUUAAGUGUUCUCCGUCGUAUUCCUGCCGCCGAUCGUUAUGUCCGAUCUGGUAAUUGGGCGAAAUUUGGGGGUUUUCAAUUAGGGUCCAAGGUAAGUGGGAAGCGAGUUGGGAUAGUUGGAUUGGGGAGCAUUGGAUCCUUUGUUGCCAAAAGACUUGAAUCUUUUGACUGUAUCAUCUCUUACAACUCAAGAAGUCGGAAACAGAGUAGUCCAUACCGGUAUUACCCCGACAUUCUCUCUUUAGCAGCUGAUAACGAUGUACUCGUCCUCUGCUGCUCUUUGACAGAUGAAACGCAUCACAUUGUGAAUAGAGAAGUGAUGGAGUCGCUUGGUAAGGAUGGAGUUAUAGUCAAUGUGGGACGAGGAGGUUUGAUUGAUGAGAAGGAGAUGGUGAAGUGUCUGGUCGAAGGUGUGAUUGGUGGUGCCGGUUUAGAUGUGUUUGAGAAUGAACCGGCAGUUCCUGAAGAGUUGUUUGGUUUGAACAAUGUUGUGUUGUCUCCACAUUUAGCUGUGGCUACCGCAGGGUCUUUGGACAAUGUUGCAGAGAUAGCUUUAGCUAACUUGAAGGCGUUUUUCUCGAACCGGCCUUUGCUUUCUCCGGUUCAAUUGGAUUGAGGGAGUGUCCGGUUUGAUCAAGGUAGCUAAUUAUCAAUCUAUUGUUUAAUGUUUAUUAAUCAAUAAUUCAAAAAGAAAGUGUAUUGAAUAUU